GCGGAGACUGUUUUCAGGCCUCCGGGAUGAGAAUGUUUCUCAACAGUUGGUCGCUCAAAUGAGUUUAUAUUGCACAGUAGCUCUUGUGCGUGCCCAUCGUCGUGCAUUGGAAAGUUUUCCCGAGUUGUUGCUGUUCGCUUUGUUUGCGUCUCUUGACAAAAGGAGCAAGUUCAAAAUCUUUCUCGAAAAAAAGGCUUGGUGAGAUAGAUAACUCUCGGGCGGGAAUCUCGGUCUGCUCCCAAGUGGAUCCAAGCCCGAGAUACGAAAUCUAAAUCAAAGCAAACUUUUUUAUGGAAGGGAACCUCCCUCUACCCGUUCUGAGCGUGGAAAAUUGAAUCUCUAAUAAACAGGGGGCAACACAAACUUGGGCGAUACCAUCUCUCAAGCUGACGGAAUCUGCUAAUUGACUGAACAACUUAGGAGAGAUGCUGGAAAAAAAAGAUCUGGAGGAGGAGGGAUGCUCUUCUGAAUUGAGUGGUUGCUGACUCGUAUUCUGAACCUCGGUGGGCGAGGCGAUUCCUUUGAGCAAAAAAGUGACGGGCGUAAUGAACGCGCACGAGGUCGCACAUCCCAGGAGUGGAAACACAAGAUAACACGAACCCAGCGACUUUGUUCCAAUCCACUGAUUGACACGUCCUCGUCCCAAAUCGCCGACCAACCAACUCCUGUCGGUACAGGUCCUGUUGCCCAGGACCUCGACCCAAGUGUGUUAAUCAAGUCUCCUCCAACCACUGACGGAGACGGCCACCUUCGUCCCGUCUAAUUUGGAGGGAUCUCAACAAUGGAGAAACCUCGGAGAUUAUUGGGGAAUGCUGCUUGGACCUGGGUUCUCAUGCUUGGCCUCGUUCUUAAUGGACGGCCUCGAGUUUCCGCUCAAACGAGUGCGGCUCCACAGAGUCUGUGCCGAUCACGGGAGAAAAUGUUGAGCAUCGAGGCCUAUCGAUUCGAAACCUGCGCUCUCUGUUAUCAAUACAUGCCUCUGAACCAAUUCAAUGUUUUCCCUUCGGUGGCCGAAGAAUUGCCAAAGACGAGAAAAUGGCACACCACCGACAAUACGCCUCAUUUGGUGGACGGGUUUAACAUCACUUGGCUUGUGAAUUCGACAGGCGAAAUGAUGUUGGCUGACAUUUACUCAAACGACACGAUAUCCCUCCUUCAAAGCUCGUUCGUCAACGAGCACGCCCAACAAUUGUGGACGUGGUGUUGCGAGGCGGCCGAGGAGUGUUGCCAACAAAUCCAGAUUCCGUGGAACCCUGAGGACGGCGUCAUGACGUUCCAAAAUUCCAGUUCAGGAUGUCCGCAAACUUGGGAUGGUUGGCAAUGCUGGCCGGAAGGGGGCGUGCCAGGGGAAGUGAUGACCCAGUCAUGCGCCAGGCACGUGUUCUUCCACACAAAUGGGGGAGGAACCAUGGAGGACUCAUGUGGAAAAUACGUUGAGAAGACCUGCAACUCGUCAGGUCAGUGGCUAACGCGCGCCAACGGAGAGUGGACGAACUACACCACCUGUAGCCCUCACCAAGAGUUUCUCACCCAAGACUAUGUUCUUGUCAGCUUGUAUGGGCUGUCGGUCAUAGCUCUCUUGCCAGCCAUUAUCAUCUUCUUCUCGUACAAGGUCCUCCGUGUGCCUCGGAUAGCCAUUCACAAGAACCUCUUUGGAUCCCUCCUUUUCCAUUGUCUCACGAUGAUCAUUUUCAAGUGUCUCGUCCUACUGCCGUUCAUUCAAAACAUUGGAGGCCAACAAACCAUGCUGAAGAAGAAUACAUGGUCUUGCCGCCUACUCGUGAUGUUGUCUAAAUAUUUUCGAUUGACCAAUUACACGUGGAUGUACUGUGAAGGCUACUACUUGCACCGACUUCUCGCCAACACGUUCGAAGAGGAACGAAGCUUGAAAGUCAUCCUUCUAAUUGGUUGGGGGUUGCCCGUGGUACCGUGUCUGAUCUAUGGAAUUAUCCGGAUCUUUGUGGAUAACAGUCUAUGCUGGGUUCUACCAGUGGAGGCGUAUGGGGGGUUGGUGGAGUGGAUAUACAUGACCCCGGGUCUCUUGUGCAUCUUGGCAAACAUGGUGUACUUCAUAAACAUCUUUAGGAUCUUGGUGACCAAGCUCCAGGCUCCUCAUGCGAAUGAGCCCGCCCAUUUCAGGCUUGAAAUCACGUCGCAUUGUGGGGGUAGUGAAAAUUCCAGUGCCCCGGCAAGUGAAGGCCGCCUUAACUCUAAAACACUCUCAACCAUAACUGGACACUCUUUCAGGAAAGCGGUGCAUGCCACUGUGGUUUUGUUACCAUUGUUUGGCCUUCACUGGCUGCUGACCUUGUACCGACCACAAGAGGGCGCCAACUGUCACUGGCAGACUUUUUACAAGUAUCUGAACAUCUGCUUGGAUGGGCUCCAAGGCCUCAUGGUCUCAAUAGCCUUCUGUUAUAGAAAUGGAGAGAUUCGAUACUUGCUCAACCAGUCCAAGAAGCGGUUUCGGGACCGGUUUUUCCCUGAGUCCAACACGUCAGUUCACUUUCAAAUGAAAGAGCGGAAUCGAAAGAGUUCAGACACGUGUUUCACCCAAGUUGGAUACACCACUGUCGCCACCACGGCCAGUCAAUUUGGAUCCAGGGACUCCCUCCAAUCUGGAAAGGACAAAAGCUCGUCAUCCCAGCAUACGCAUUCGCCCAGUUCAAAUAAAGUUCCCCACAAGCAAGCCCAAAUCCCGAACUCCAAAACCGUGCUGGAAGUACGCACGAGCACUUAUUCCACCAAAAGCGCCGAUUCCGUGUGAGGAAUAAUAAUAGGCCGUGGGUUAUCUAGAAAAGGCUCGUAGAGCCUACAUUCAGUAUUAUUAUUAUUAUUUAUUCACUAUCCAUUGAUUGCCCCCUGGUAAACCUAUAGUGGGUUCAAAAGAAGAAAAAUCAACCACGUUUAUGUAUUACUUUCCAAGCUCCGCCAUAUCCACUCCAACCAACAUCGCUUCCAAACUCGUCAAAUGUUGAGCACCCACGUGGCCAAAAUUCGUUGUCAGCUGUCAAUUGUGAAAUGUGUUCUCAUAGAAGCCCCUGAGCCCCAUCUCUUCAUCACAUAUGCCCCAAUUUGAAAGACACUAGCUACUAGCUAGCUAUAUACGUACAUAUAUUUACUUGAAUCGAUGUAGAUGUGCGUGAGUUUGGGUGUUUGAUCGACUUGUGCACAAUAAACGACCUCUGGAAGUAUGCUUUGCGCGAGA